AUGUCUUCUCUUUCUCUUCUUGUGCUUCUCUUGUUCACAGUUUCUUCCCAUGCAUGCACCGCCCGUCCUCUUACUAUAAAACCCUCUGCAAACUGCCACUUUCAUCAGGAAGUAGAGAAAGACAAAGACAAGGUAAAGUUGUUGGAGACGAUAACUACUACUUCAUCAAAUUUAAAGGGAAAACAAGUUGUUUAUGAUAGUUGUAGCAGUACAUCAUCAACUUGGAAACAAAUGGUCGUCGUUGAUGGUCCAUCAGGGGAAUCUUUUCAAAAGGACUCACCAUCCUCUCUUGCAAUAAAGGAGGAGAGGAGGCAUGAACAGACACGCUCAAUGCUGGGACCUGCAAGCCACCAUUCUCAGGAGACAGAGGAGGAAGAAGCCAUUGUUGAGAUGGAUUACGCCCAACCCCAUCGCAAACCACCCAUUCACAAUGACAAGCCCUGACACUUGA